AUGAGCCUGAGGAGGGCUGCCAGGGUUAUUCUCGUUGGAGCGCCGGGCGUUGGAAAAGGGACGCAGUCAGAUCGCCUCCUCACGCGGUUCGCCCAGCUUCAAUCUAUAAGUUCCGGAGAUCUACUGCGCCAAAAUGUCAAGAAUAAAACCCCCUUGGUGAGAAUUCGUAUCAAAGUGGAAAAUGUCAUGAAAGCAGGUGGUCUCGUCUCGGACGACCUAAUUCUCAGAUUGAUCUCGAACGAGUUUUUCAAGAGAGGCUGGUUGAAGGGCCAGGGUCCUCCUCAACUUAUGACACUCGCCUCGACGUCUACCGCUGGACCUGAAUCCCUCGAUGGCUCCCCUGCCCAGGACGUGGUUGACUCUAUCCUCAAAUCCCCUCUACAACCCGACGAAGCCCACCUGCUUCCCGAGGCAUCCGACUCCCCAUCUGCCUCAUUCAUACUGGACGGGUUUCCGCGCACAGCGGCGCAAGCAGAAAUGCUCGACAAGAUCAUUCCCAUCAAUCUCGUUGUCUCCAUCACGACCCCUUUUGAUGUCAUACUGGAGCGCAUCUCGGGUCGCUGGGUCCAUGAACCAUCGGGACGAGUUUACAAUACCACAUUCAACGCGCCCCGUUCUCCAGGCAUCGAUGACGUUACAGGCGAGCCGCUUGUUCAACGCCCAGACGACUCGGAGGAGGUGUAUCGGGCAAGCUGGGGCGAUUUAUUCGAUCGCGGCGACCAAAGCCCUGGUUAUGGGGCGGGGACUGGCGGUGGUAUCGAGGCCGUGAGCGACCGUAUGCUAGCAGAGGGCGGCAGCCGUGGCGAUGACCUAGAAGGGCAUCUAUCCGGCUCCGAGAAGCUAGACUGUGUCGUGUCAUCCCCCAUCAAAGAGAACGACGGAACGAAAGAUGCUUUUGUCUCCUACUUGAUUACAACUCAGGCAAUCCCUCAGCAAAGAUUUCGUAGCGUGUGCGGUUCCCCCAUCCCCGACAAGCAGCGAAUGGAAUAUGUCCGAGGCGACCGAUUCGGCCCCGACUUCACUGCCCGCCGCGCUCACAGCCUCCAACGUUUUCUGGCGAGGCUCGCUCUCCACCCUGUUCUCCGCCGCUCUUCCAUCCUUCACACCUUUCUCGAGAGCCCCGAAUGGAACGCGACGAUGCGGUCCCGCUCAACGCGAGCCUCAACGUCCUCAGACCACGGCUCCGGUGGUGUGUUCGACAACUUUGCUGACACAUUUAUCAACGCCUUUACCAAGAUACAUAAACCAGACAAAAGGUUUAUAGAGGUCAAGGAAAAGAGCGACAAACUCGACGAAGACCUGUCACAUGUUGAAAAGGUCAUGGCUAGAGUGACUCGUCGUGAGGCGGAUUUGGAAACGGAUUUCAAGGACCUGGCGGAGCAGUUCCAGAGGCUCAUCAGCCUAGAACCUGGCGUGGAGACUCCCUUAAGAGCCUUUUCCAACUCUGUUGAGGAUACAUCUGCGGGACUUAAGAAGCUCAAAGAUGUCACCGACCAGGGCUAUCUCGGCAGCUUGAGAGACAUGCAGGCCUAUGACCAAGCGCUCAAGAACCUGCUCAAGGCGCGAGAGCAGAAGCAGCUUGAUUUUGAGCAACUCACAGAAUAUCUCAAUAAGAGCACCGCUGAACGGGAUGCUUUGCAGUCUGGGAGCCACUACUAUAGCGCCACUGGCGGUAUCACCGCCGGGGCUAGCGGUUUCAUCCGGUCCAAGAUUGAGGACGUGCGAGGAAUCGAAGAACUUACGCGUGAGGUUGAAGAGGCAAGGAAUAUGAGCGAGAUGUUUGACGAGGAGGUUGUGCGCGAGGUGUCCGACUUUGAGCGCAUCAAGAGGAUUGAGCUGAAGAAGGAGUUUCGUACCUUGGCUGAUGCUCACAUUGACUUUUAUGGCGACUCCAUCGAGAUUUGGGAUAAGUACAUCGAAGACAUGGAGAAGGAAGGGCGUGCAUUGCCCCCGUGA